ACACACCUAACCUAGCCAUCAAAACUAGGUUGGUUGAGACUUGUGUACCAACAAAUUAAGAUAAAUCAGCAACUACCAUUCCUCCGCAUGGAAAGUUUCUUCUUCCAAAGUGGCAAAUAUUGCACGAACCAGCUUCUUCAUUUGCUUGCUCCUGCUUUUUGGCUUAAUUCCUCGUUCUCUGGUCACAGCAGCAUGUUAUAUGAAGGAUCCUCUUUUGUAGUAGUCCUCGUGAAAUCAGUGAGGAGAAGCUGGAAUUGAACGUGGAAGAUUGAUUUCAAGGUCUCUACAGCUAGAUACAUGUUGAAACUUGAAGAACACAGAAUAAAGACAGCGGUGAGGAAAGAAGCAUAGGCAAUGUACUCCAUGGCAGACCUUGCAAAAUCCCAUUCUGUUAAUUUAGCCACAAGAAUUAACCUAACAUGGACUAAAAUAGGUCAUUCGCUUGGUUGUUACCCGGCGAUUUCUCUCUUGGCUCGUUUAGUUGCGUAUGUUUCAAUUUUAGCGUUUAUCUUGAUUUUUGUUCUCAUAAUUGUGAGAUAUAUGACUUAUUCUGAAGAGGGGAAUGAAGUUGAAAUAAGAGCAACGGAGACUGACCAACUAUUGCCAAGCAAAGCACUGUCCUUAUUAUUCUCAUACGGGACAUGUAACAAAGAUUUAGAAUCAGGAAAUUGCAGUAGCAGCAGCAGCGACGGCAAGAACGGUUCUUCGGAGGAAUUAUAUGAUGGAAAAAUAUGUGUAAUAUGCUACGAUGAGGAACGGAAUUGUUUCUAUGUUCCUUGUGGCCACUGUGCUACCUGCUAUGUCUGUGCUCAGAGGAUUUUUAACAGCGAAAACAAGGUCUGCCCCGUGUGCCGGAGAUUUAUUGGCAAAAUAAGGAAACUUUUUGCCCCUUGAGAUUCGAUUGUAAUGAUGUCUUAUACAAGGAUUGUCAUUUUUUGAUCACAGGACGAAUGAAAUGCAUGUCUUCAGUGUUUUCUAUUGU